AUAAAUCAAAUGGUAUUUGACAGCCCAAUACUGGCAUGUCGUACUAAAGAUUAGGUGUUCUGGCUAAAUUUAAAGACCAUUAGGACACUAUGAAUAUUGCUUUAAAGUUGGGUUCCUCAAUCGGUUGUAUAAGCCGUCGGAAUCUGGCACGUAAUAUAAUUCAAAGAGAAAGUCAUGUUGUUUCUUACCGUAAUGCCCCCCCGCCGCAUUCGAAGGCAACCAAAAUUGGAGCUGUAACUGUUGGCGGAGCUAUGUGGUGGUGGGUAAUUUGGCACUUGUGGCAUGAACCUGACCAUAUAACGGGGGAGUUUGAUUACCCUAACCCAAAGCAAUGGAGCAACUCUGAGUUGGGUAUUCCUAAAGAUGAUUCUUAAGUUUGAUAUUCAAGGUUAUCCCAUAAACAUUGAAUAAAAUACGAUAUUUAGCCAUGGA